AUGCGGCCACUCACAGAAGAGGAGAGUAAGGCCGUGUUCGCGAAGCUGGCGAACUAUAUCGGCAAGAAUCUAGUCCAUCUAAUUGACAGGCCUGAUGAACCAUACUGUUUCCGGCUACAGAAAGACCGUGUAUUCUAUGUCUCCGAGUCGUCUAUGCGCCUAGGCAUCUCCGUCGCACGGCCAAAUCUCGUCAGCCUUGGCACAUGUUUUGGGAAGUUCUCAAAAAGCGGCAAGUUCAAGCUGCAUAUCACAGCACUUGAUUACCUCGCUCAGUAUGCGAAAUAUAAGGUCUGGAUAAAGCCGAACGGAGAGAUGCCGUUUCUGUAUGGCAACCAUGUCCUCAAGGCGCAUCUCGGCCGGAUAACGGAGGAUACCCCAGAACAUCAGGGUGUGGUUGUGUUCAGCAUGAGCGACAUACCAUUAGGUUUUGGUGUGACUGCACGAUCAACAGUGGAUACUCGCAAACUCGAUCCUACAGCUAUCAUUGUUUUCCACCAAGCUGACGUUGGGGAGUAUUUGCGUGACGAAGAAACACUCUUCUGA